ACAUUUUUAAAAUAAUUUCAAAGGUGUUAUGUCAGUAAAAGAAAUGGAUACCAUUCAGGCUUCAUCUGGUGAAAAUAAUCUAAAGCAAGUUUUAAAAUCAAAUGAAUGUGCACCAACACAUUUUAGAAAUGACUCUCACUCUUUAAGAAUACUAGAGGAUUUACAAUCUCUACGCAAAAAUGAAGUUUUAUGUGAUAUUAGAUUUGAAACAGAUGACGGUACUUUAGUAUUAGGACAUAAAAAUGUUCUAAUUGCCGCUAGUCCAUAUUUCCGAGCAAUGUUCAGUAAUUUUGAUGAGAGCAAUAAAGAUCUUGUUAAUAUAAGAGAAUUAGAUUCCACCAUCUUACAACAAUUAAUAGAUUAUAUUUAUACCGGAGAGAUUAUAGUCACAAAAGAAAAUGUACAGGAGUUGUUUCCAGCGGCAAAUGUAUUACAGUUAGAUUAUGUAAAAGGUGUAUGUGCUGAGUUUUUACAAAAACAACUGAAUGCAUCAAAUUGUCUUGGUAUCAGAGUGUUUGCUGAGUUACAUCACUGUACGGAAUUGUUAUCAACUUCUGAAGCAUUCAUUAAAAAACAGUUUUUAGAAUUGGUUAAAAGUGAUGAGUUCCUAUCUCUAUCUUCUGAAGGUGUGGUUAAGAUUAUCUCCUGUAAUGACCUUGCUGUUCCAUCUGAAGAAAAAGUAUUUGAAUGCGUUAUGAAAUGGGUAAAACAUGAUUUGGAUCACAGAAAAGAUUUUUUACCAGAAUUAAUGGAACAUGUACGUUUGCCAUUAUUAAGGCCUGAUAUUUUAAACAAUGUAGUUGAAGAACCUCUUUUAAAUAAUAGUCUUAAAUGUAACAAUUAUAUAACUGAAACAUUACGUUUUAAUCUAAAAAAAUCUGUUCAAAAGUUCACUAUACCUAAAACAAUAAGAUGUAAACCUAGGCAGUUUGGUGGUUCUCAAAAAGUUAUUUUAAUGUUCAACCGGUCUGAUACAUCGCCAAAGUGUUUUACGGAAUGGUAUGACCCAGCAACCAAACUAAGACAGAAUGCGCCAGGGAUAAAAGGUUAUCGUCAGACAGCUGGUCUAGGUGUAAUUGGAGAUCAAUUUGUGUUUGCUGUGGGAGGUGUAAAUCUAUCAAGCUCUAAAUCUGUUAGUAUGCUUGAUGUAUCUUCACAAUCACCUUCUUGGGUUCCAAUGGUCGACAUGUUAGUGAGUCGAAAUCUGUUAGGAGUCGGAGUAUUAGGCGAUUCCAUAUAUGCUGUUGGUGGAUGUGACGGCCCCACUGCAUUAAAUAGUGUUGAGGUAUUUGAUAUUACAAUUCAAAAAUGGCGAAUGGUGUCUAGUAUUACAAAUGCAAGAAUUAAUUUUGGUGUUGGUGUACUCAAUAAUCGAUUAUAUGCGGUUGGAGGCGCUGAUAAUGAAAACAGAUUGAAAUCUGUGGAAUGUUAUGAUCCCACACUUGACACAUGGACAUCAGUGGCAGAAAUGUCUGUAUGCCGUUAUGGUGUUGGUGUAGGAGUUUUGGAUGGUCUUAUAUAUGCUAUUGGUGGUUUUAAUGUAGAGUAUCUUAAAAGUGUUGAGGUGUACAGACCAAGUGAUGGAGUAUGGUCUUCUAUUGCCGAUAUGAAUUUGUGCCGAUUGAGGCCUGGGGUUGUCACAUUAGAUGGUUUAUUAUAUGUAAUGGGCGGAGAAACUGACAAAUCUAUUAUUGAUACUGUAGAAAUUUACAAUCCAAUCACUAAUACUUGGACCAUGGAGAAAUUAUCAAGAAGUGGAGUACAAAUUUAUGGUGGAGUAGUUAUUGAUAGACCACCACAUUUUAAAAUUAAUUAGCAUACAGAAAACAGAUACAUAAUGGUUUCUUUGUGGUUUAGUUUUAAAUUAUAAUAUACACAUAAUAAUGUAUAAAUUAUGAUGAAAUGUA